CUUGUCCUAUUUGUGAAGGGGCGCCAAAAGUAAAAUCGAACUGACGCUAUAAAAUAAAGCUCUGCGAAUUAUAAAUAAUGCAUUUGGACGGACAAUUCAGAAACUUAUAAAAACCACUUCAACACAACUGCUCGUAACCGUACAACAAACCCUAUAAUUUCUUCUUUGGCUCCAAGAUAUCUAAGGAAGGAUAAAACUAAGACUAGUAGAAGAACGUGUGGAUGCAAAUGCGUUGUGGUUUGUGAAUUUUAGUUUAAAUCUUUAAAUGAGAUAGUCGAGGGAAGGGAAUCAACGACGUAAACCAAAUGAUGUGCUAAUCUGAAAAACCUCUAAUAAAAGCGUCUAAAAAAGGAAAAUGCAAAAUAGAAAACUUAAUAUUGUACGGUGAAAGAAAAGGGAUGGAAAACACUAAAUACAAAUAAAUAAAUAAAAAUAAAUUAAUAUGUAAUCAAAUAAUAAGAAAUUUUGGAUACACGUUUCCAUAGAGACAAUUCCGUUUUAACUGCAAGUGAAAACGUUUGUAAUUCACGGUAAAACUAUUUUGUCUUAUUUUGUCUACUCCGUCUAUUCCUGGCAGAGAUUUUAAGUAUGUACAUUUAUUGAAAUAUUUCCUUAGUCUGAACAAAAUUCUACAUAUAGUUCUUUUUUAUAUUUGUAUCAUUUUUAUUGUUAUAUUAGUUAAUAGAUAACUAGUUAGGUAGAAAUAAGCCUAAGCCUAGAUAAGAAAGAAGCCAAAGAUGUGGCCCCGCGUGGUGAGGUGGGGCUUUGGUGUGGCGGCAGCAACGGUGUGCGCUUUUUCUGCAUACAAAGCAUUCCAAGAAAUUAAAAGACUCUCUUCAGACUUGCCCGAAUUUUACCUUAGACAAAACUUAGAGCGACGUCGCGAUACAAGACGUUUCGCCAAUUCACGCCAAGAAAGGGAAGAUACUUUCUUAGCCGAUGCAUCGACCGAUGAAGAAGAAGAUGCACAACGUGCAGGAACUUCCAAAAGAGUUACGUAUCAUCGAACGGCAAACAUAGAAGAUUCUCCCAACAUUCUAGAAGGUAUUUACCCACGUCCUGAAGUCGAUCGUUAUAGGCCAAGUAGAGCUGAACGGAGCCCAAUAUUAACCGCAAUACUAGAGCAACAGCGGUCCUCUACAGCCCAAGAAGAAAACAACGACCAAGCAGCUAGUUUAAGCACCGAAAUUGAAAGCCCUGAAAGGAAGGAAGAAAGCACUGAUAUGCCGAACACUGACAAUCGACUGAGAUCCGCAAAUAUUGAUGAAACGGAGGAGCACAGUUCUGAGAUUAGUGAUACGAAUCUCAGAAACAGCACACCGAAAAACUAAAGGAGCGGGGUGGGCAGGGAGCAAGGGUUUCUAUGCGGAGCCCUACCGUCCAAUGUAAGAAUGAAAGCUGCUCCCUGCCCACGUAGAGACGAACGGACGGAAAUGAAAAAGUCGUAAGCAAUUCUAACUAAUAUUUCACUCACUUUAUCUCUUUAUAAAGAACCAACAACCUUUACAACCUGGAGAUCCGAAAUGGCGAAUCUUAGGGUUUUAUUUAAAAACAAACUUGAAUUGUCCCAUGUGUGUAGGAGAUAAGUGAAAGAUAAACAGUAACUUUCUUUCCCGCUCCGUCCUUCCUUGAUAAAGGAAUCGAGAACGGUUCCCCGGAGAUGCCAGAAACUGUGGCUGGCAUCUAUCCCUACCAAUAAAGUACAAAAACUUGUCCAAUAGGUUUGCCGUUUUCAGAUGCAGAGCUAGCAUUAUAUUAUAAGUUAUGGUCAGCAUAAUAAAAAAAGGUUUUAUGAAGAUGGUCUCGAGGAUUUGGUUAAGAACAUGUCCAUUAUUUUACCUGCUACUUUUUACUAAUAGCCUAAACCAGCAUAGCAUACCGCCGUUGCAUAUGGGUAUAUAUCGUUAACAAAAACAGCUUACACAAUGACAAACUGUUGCAACCAAAUGUUAUUGUCCAAAAACUUUAAAAUAUUUUAAGUUAAAAUUAAAGCCAAAUUAAUUUUUUUAAAUCUUCUGUUUUAUUUGAUGCUCGCGUUGAACAAUUCAACUUGCUUAUUAGAUUAACUCCUCAGAACUCCAGGUUGCAAAAUUUGCUUCUUUGUAAAGUUAAUUUUUUUUUAGAUCUGGAAAAUUGGAAAAUAGAAUACGGUAAUAAAUGUUACAAUAGAACAGAAAAAUGGCAUGUUUUAUGAUUAUCCUCAAAUUGCCAUUGUCUGAACCAUGCAUUUCCAUCUUAUAAGGGUUUACCUGUUUGUAAAUGUACACUUUAUUAAUAUAAUUCUUUACCUUUUUGUGUAGUAGAAGACUCGUAUUAACAAACUUUAAAAUUUGUAAACGGUUUUAAGCUCAGAUCCUCUUUAGAACGUAUAUUGCUUAAAGCAAUGAGCGUCAUACGACGAGGACGUACAAAUCAACCCCAAUCGGAUCACAAUCUGUUCAUUUGUAAAGUCGAAAUUAUUUUGGAAUCAUCUUAAGCAGAUUAAAAUAAAGAAGUGCCUAUUAGUACACUCAAGGGACAGUAAACCAGCGAGGACAGCUUCAGCCCCAGAGAAGAGUUGCUGCACUUACUGAACGGAGGAACUGUUCCUCGAGGCCGUACGUCGAGGCAUAAGAAGAAGUUUUAAUGGAAAUGGAUACAUAAUUCUGCAUACAUCUGUAAGAUGAAAAUCAAACCGCCGAUACAAUGACAAGCUGUGGACACCUACGCGUCUAAGAAAUACGUCUGUUCAAGACAUCAGUGUAGGUCACUACCAUUAAGUGCCAAAUGCUACAGAUAUCUUUAUCCACACAGCAACUAUCUGACAAGCAGCCUACUGUACCCACAGUAAUAUCGGGUUGUCCGGAAAAUAAUGCAGGAUUUUAAGUUUUCAUUA